GUAGUUGAUAGGUAUAUACACCCGUGAAAAUGAAAUGGAGGCAAACAGCAAAUGUCAGAGGAGGCGCAUCUGUAUCUUUCUGCAGGACUAGCUGCUCGGUGUCCACAUGAUAGAAAAUGUCAAAUACAUCCCCAGAGUAUGGAACCGGUGCAUGUACGCCGCACAACGCUGCACCAACAUGCACCAACUCCUCCCAACCCACGCCCUAUUCAUCACCACCGGCCUCCACCGCAGCACCUACGCCGUAAGCAAGCUCCUCACCUUCACCGCCCUCUCGGACCGCGGCGACCUCUCCUACGCCUCUCUCCUCUUCGCCCAAAUCCAAACUCCCAAUUCCUUCACUUACAACACCCUCAUCAGAGCCUACUCAAACAGUCCUCACCCACACUUGUCCCUCCACUACUUCAACCUCAUGUUGAAAGACGACGCCGUUUGGCCCAAUAACCACACUUUCCCGUUUGUACUCGUGGCGUGCGCCAAUGCUGAUUGUAUGCUUUUGGGGUUGCAAAUUCACAAUUGGGUACUCAAAUGUGGUCUGGGUUCAUCGGAUAGUCACGUGAAAACCGCGCUGAUACGGUUUUAUUUGGGGUGUAAUGUUUUGGAGAAUGCGCGGAAGGUGUUUGAUGAAAUUACUGACUUAGAUGUUGUUCAGUGUAAUGUCCUUAUGACGGGGUAUAUCCAGCUUGGUUUGGCUGGAGAGGGGUUGAGUGUAUUUCAGGAUAUGUUGGUGUCUGGAAUUGAGUCGGAUGAAUUUUGUGUGACUACUGCGCUGACGGCUUGUGCGGAUUUAGGGGCACUGGCGCAGGGGAAGUGGAUUCACGAGUAUGUUAAAAAGAGGGAAGGAUUGGUGGCGGAUGCGUUUGUGGGGACAGCGCUUGUUGACAUGUACGUGAAAUGCGGGUGCAUUGAUACAGCUGUGGAGGUUUUCGAAAGCAUGCCAGGGAGGAGUGUAUGCUCAUGGGCAGCAAUGAUUGGAGGCUUUGCGCUUAAUGGAUAUGCAAGAAAGGCUGUUGAUUGCUUGGAGAGGAUGCAGGUGGAAGAUGGGCUAAGGCCCGACGGGGUUGCCCUUCUUGGGGUUUUAACGGCUUGUAACCAUGCAGGUCUUCAAAAAGAAGGCCAAUUUCUAUUAGACAACAUGGAAGCCCGAUAUGGCGUUGCACCUAAACACGAGCACUAUAGUUGCAUGGUGGACUUGCUUUGCAAAGCAGGCCAAUUAGAAAAAGCACUUGAGCUCAUAAGGAGAAUGCCUAUGAAGCCACUUGCUUCUGUUUGGGGUGCCUUGUUGAGUGGUUGUCGAAACCAUAAUAAUGUCGACCUUGCGGAGGUGGCUGUGAAGAAAAUUUUACUGAUAGAGAAAGGUGAUAGAGCUGAAGAAGAUGGAGCUUAUGUUCAGUUAUCGAAUAUAUAUUUGGCUGCGGGGAAUUGUGAAGAUGCUGGUAGGAUCCGGAAGAAGAUUGGUGAUAGAGGGCUUAAGAAGACACCCGGUUGCAGUAUGAUAGAGGUCGAUGGUGUGGUAAAUGAGUUUGUCUCUGGAGAUGUAUCUCACCUUCAUAUAGCAAAUAUACAUGCAAUGCUAGAACUGAUGUCCCUUUAUGCAAUUCACAAGAGAGCAUUGGGUGAGACAGGAAGGAACCUCUGAACGACCUGAUGAACCUGACAACAUUAUGGCUUCUCGAUUGGGGGCUACGGCAAGGUAUGAAUUCAGAAGCCAAGAGCAGCAAAGAUGGCAAUUCCAGCAAAGGAAGAAGCAAUCACAUGCUGAAUUUAUUGGACUGUCAAAUCAUGGGGUGAUGUUUCAACUCCGUCGUGGCCUAGUAGUGUAAACAGCAUGGAAGAUGUAUUCACAUUUUUGGCUAAGAGUUGAAUUGAAGAGUUCACUUACAAAAUGGAUUUUUUACAGCAGCAAAUACGAUGUUUUGGAGGAUCCACAGUGUACGAUUCUAAUUCCUGAUAAGCUGCAUAUAAUGGGCAACGGAACGACAGGAUACUACUACUUGGGGAGCAGAGCUAAUUGCUAGCAACUAUUGAAAUGCAGAAUAGGAUGAAUUUGAGCGUUUGAUUUGUUGUGUUUUUUCUCAAGCAAGAACUGAUUUUUUCGUGGUAUUGUAUUUUUGCCAAAUGAUGAAGGUGGCUCGGUAUUGCGGUUCUUGUAUAUAUAUUUUUUUAUCCUCAGUCUACUUUCUCCAUCUAAGAUGAGAAGUAUGUCUCAUUUUUUUUUUU